AUGCUGCACCUGGCGUUGCCCUUCGGCGGCUUCCUCGGCUUCAAGGGUGUCGCGUUCUCCUUCGGCACGGUGGCCCUGGUGCCGCACCUGCCGCCCCCCGGGCUGCCCGGGCUGCCGGCGCCCGCCGUGCCGGGCGGCGGCGAGGGGCUGUGGGCGCCGGCCCUGCUGCAGCCGCCGCUGCAGCACGCUGGCCCGGCGCAGCCCGAGGCCCCCGCCUCCGAGGGCGAGGGGGCGACGCCCCCGGAGGUGAAGAGGUGCCACCUCCACAAGAAGCCGAACAAGGCCUGCAAGUUCUGCCAGAGGUUCUCCCAGGCCCAGAGCGCGGCCACGCAGGCGGCCCCGCAGACCGCCGCCGCCAAGACCGGGGCUGGCGGGACCUCCGAGGAAUCGGGGAAGCCCACGUUCAGCUGCAGCCCCAUGCUGAAGGAUCAGAUCCUGAAGUCGAGCUACUUUAAGAGUUUGCUCGACAACGCCGGCACGGUCGACGCGCUGGCGGAGGAGAUCUCGGGCUUCGCCGACGACUUGGACGUCUACCAGGCGGGCAGUACCACGUCCCCCUCUGUCUUCUUCUGUUGCGUCUUCCGGCUGUUCACGCUGGAGCACACAGUGGAGGAGUUGCAUUGGCUUCUGGACCACUCGGAGUCUGUUCCUGUGCGAUGUGCUGCAUGUCUCUUCGCAAGAUUCAGUCUGCGCCCAGAUCGGCUGUGGGACACGCUGGAGGAGUACAUGUUAGACGACCAGGACCUCGGUGACUUCAGAGUGAAGCAGCCAUCGUUGCCUCCUACGGUCGGGGAGUACGUGGAGUCGUUGCUUACGAAGGAUAAGUACUUCGGCACCCCUCUUCCACGCCUUCCAGUAGUCGUCCGCAGGAAGUUGGAGGAGCACCUGGCCCCCCUUUCGCAGUACCGCAAACGAGCGCAGGCCAACCAGCACGAAAUGCGCCUCUUUCAGAAGCCCGGGACUCCCGUCGAGGUUUGCCACAAAGGCGAGUGGGUGGGCGGCAGGGUGACUGGCCUCAUGGCGUCAAGUCCCGCGUGA